GCGGUUGACAGGCUUGGUGAGCGCUGAGCCGUGGCCUUACGUGGGUCCCGGUGCCUGUGCACCGGCAUCUUAGCCCCAUGCUGUCUGCCGGGUGACCGGGCAGGUGCGCUGGGCCUUCUCCUGGGUGUGCGGGAAUCGGCGAGAUGCUUGCAGAAGACUCAUGGCUCUCUGCUUCCUCCUCACAGAGCGCAGCCCUGCUUCCUGAAAGCCUCGGACCCACCACCGCCCCCUCGCCGGGCGAGGGUAACAUGAGCAUAACCAGCGACGAGGUGAACUUCUUGGUGUAUCGCUACCUCCAAGAGUCAGGCUUCUCCCACUCUGCCUUCACGUUUGGGAUUGAAAGCCACAUCAGUCAGUCCAACAUCAACGGGACGCUGGUGCCCCCGGCUGCCCUCAUCUCCAUCCUGCAGAAGGGGCUGCAGUAUGUGGAAGCUGAGAUCAGCAUCAAUGAGGAAGGCACGGUGUUUGACGGGAGGCCCAUGGAGUCCCUGUCCCUGAUCGACGCGGUGAUGCCAGACGUGGUGCAGACACGGCAGCGGGCCUUCCGGGAGAAGCGGGCCCAGCAGCAGGCCAGUGCGGCCUCGGCCUCGGUGGAGGCUUCAGCGGCGGAGGCUGCGGCGGCAGCAGUGGUAACAAUGACAGUGGCCACCACCCCCACCGCUGUCUCCCAGCAGAACCCAUCUAAGAACGGGGAGGCCACCGUGAACGGGCAGGAGAGCGGAGCACUUGCCGUGAAUAAUCACUCGAAACCCAUGGAGAUUGACGGGGACAUUGAAAUCCCGCCCAGCAAGGCCACCGUCCUCCGGGGCCACGAGUCUGAGGUCUUCAUCUGUGCUUGGAACCCCGUCAGUGACCUGCUUGCCUCAGGGUCUGGCGACUCGACCGCUAGGAUCUGGAACCUGACAGAACACGGCGGCACGGGCUCCACCCAGCUUGUGCUCAGGCACUGCAUUCGGGAGGGCGGCCACGACGUCCCCAGUAAUAAGGAUGUCACCUCACUGGACUGGAGCACCGAUGGGACGUUAUUGGCUACGGGUUCCUACGAUGGGUUUGCAAGAAUAUGGACAUUAGACGGUAGUCUGGCCAGCACCUUGGGUCAGCAUAAAGGACCCAUCUUUGCCUUGAAAUGGAACAAAAAGGGGAAUUACAUUUUGAGCGCCGGUGUCGACAAAAGAACUAUAAUUUGGGAUGCCCACACAGGUGAAGCCAGGCAGCAGUUUCCUUUCCAUUCCGCCCCCGCCCUGGAUGUGGACUGGCAAAACAACACCACCUUUGCCUCCUGCAGCACCGACAUGUACAUCCAUGUCUGCAGGCUGGGCUGCGACCGGCCCGUCAAGACCUUUCAGGGACACACGAAUGAGGUGAACGCCAUCAAGUGGGACCCCUCGGGGAUGCUGCUGGCGUCCUGCUCCGAUGAUAUGACCUUGAAGAUGUGGAGCAUGAAGCAGGACACGUGUGUGCAUGACCUGCAGGCCCACAGCAAGGAGAUCUACACCAUCAAGUGGAGCCCUGCAGGGCCCGCCCCCAGCACCCCUGGCUGCGGCCUGCUGCUGGCCAGUGCCUCCUUUGACUCCACGGUGCGACUUUGGGAUGUGGAGCGGGGCGUGUGCACGCACACCCUCACCCGCCACCAGGAGCCCGUCUACAGCGUGGCCUUCAGCCCCGACGGCCGCUUCCUGGCCAGCGGCUCCUUUGACAAGUGCGUUCACAUCUGGAGCACACAGAGUGGGAGCCUGGUACACAGCUACCGGGGGACGGGAGGCAUCUUCGAGGUGUGCUGGAACGCCCGCGGUGACAAGGUGGGAGCCAGCGCAUCCGACGGCUCGGUGUGUGUGUUAGAUGUUCGGAAGUGACGGCCUGGACUCCAGCCCCGAGCACACGACACCGUCGGCCCCAGCCCCGUGCGGACCGGGCUGCGCCGGUGUGUCCUGGGAGCCCGCCCGGCCCUGGAUGCGGCCCUGGACGCGGGAGCCCAGAGUGGCCGGCAUCUCCACCCAGAAGUUUCUGUCACAGAUACUCAGCCAAGCCGAUAUGAGGGAGAGGAGGCUUCCCGGGGGGGAGCAGGGAACAGGGAGCACCGGCCAGACUAUGAGGCGGAGGGUUUGGGAUCCAGGGGGCUCAGACAGCUGCAAGGAAGGAGGACUGGGGGGCAGAAAAACAGAAUGCUGUGAUGAGGGAGGUGAGACAGUGCUGCCCCGUGGUUCUGCCGUCCACUGGACGCCCGUGGCCCGGCAGCCUCUCUGCCAGAGAUGGAAGCCUCGUGGCUUGUUGCCUGGCCUGUGUCCCCGUGUCCGGCUUUGCCCACAGCCUCCUGGACCACCCGGCUGUCUGUCCUCCUCGUCCCCUUCCCCCUCUAAGUUAGCAGACAGGGCUGGGGGGCUUUUUACAAGAUGGGAAAAAGGACUCCCGGGAGAAAGAGCCUGCCGUAUUUUUGGAAAAAGAGAAUUAUUUUUAUGCAGAAACGAUUUUGAAAGCCUGACGGAUGCUCGGGGCAGAGGGAGCUGGGAGUGAGUCCUGGUCCCGGGCACAGACGCAGCUGCUGGGAGCUCCCUGCUGGCCGGCCGGUCCUGGGCCCCGCUCUGCUGUGGGCCGGAGAGCUGGUGUGCGGGCAGGAGGUGGCGGGUGGGGUCGCCCCCUGGGUCCCGGGAUCCUGCCAGCUGGUGGGAGUGGGGAGAGGGGCUCUCCUGUCCCAGGGGGAGACCAGUGCUUCUGGUGCUGGCAGCCUUCAGCAACCCAGGAGAGAGUCUCCCUCACACUCUCUCCCUCUCUCUCUAUUUUUUUUUUUUUACACAGGAUGAGUCUUUUUACUGUUUUUUACAAAAUUAAAAGUGACUUUGUGUUCCCAGAGCUGUUUCCUUUGGCCGGGAUCGGGGUGUGCUGGGUACAUUGCCGAGACCCAAUGCCCACCUGGUUUCCACGCAGACAGACGGAGAGACUCUGAGGCGGCUGUCAGCAAAUGCGUAUUAGGUCACCUUGGUGUCACCAUGCCUGGCACCCCUUGACUCCUCUCCCAUCCCAGGAAGUCACUGGUGGGGGAGGAGGGUGUGUCCGAUACCCUCUGGGCCCAAACAGAACCGCCGCCAUGUCUGUAGCCUGGGACGCCAGCUGUGUGGCCAGGCCUGGCCUCUCUCUCUCUCUCUCUCUCUCUCUCUGGAACGCUGCCUUGAGCCUCUUUGAGCUUGUGGGGUGCAGCCCGGGGCCUCCGGUCCCCGCACCUGGAACCCCACCAACGUGCAGACAUCGAAGCUACAGCUAGUCCACCUCCAUCUGCCAGAACUUGGCCAGCGGGUGUCCAGGACAAGCCAACCGAGGGCGGGGAACAUGGAGGCCGGCUGGUUCCAGUCUGGUCCACACAGGCAUGGUGGCCGGGAUCUCUGUGGGGGUGCAUAGGGGCUGUGGCUUCAGGGAGGGUGUCCCCAUCCCUUCCCCCCAGGACACCAGGGACCGGACUUGCCCUUGGUCUAAGGGGCCCCUCAGUGGGGCCUCUCGAGAGGUGCACUUUCCCCGGUGUUAAGGGUCUCCCUCUUGUCCUCUCUCCUUUCUCUCCCUCUGUCUCAUCUUGUUGUCGUCCCCUUCUUCUGACACUCACUGAAGCUCUUGAGUUCUGGCUUCUGCGGUUGUUAACUGUGUCAGACAUCUGUGCCACAUGUGGUUUCCGUCCCCCACACCCCCACACUGUGUCGCCGGUUUGGUUUUGUUUUCUUAAUUUAUUUUCCCUUUGGUUGCCCUUGUUGUUUUUUUAUUGUUGUUGUAGUUAUUAUUGUUGUUAUUGACGUCGUCAUUGUUGGAUAGGACAGAGAAAUAGAGGAGGGGAAGACGGGGAGAGAAAGACAGACACCUGCAGACCUGCUUCACCGCCUGUGAAGCGACUCCUCUGCAGGAGGGAAGCUGGGGGCUCAAACCAGGAUCCUUAUGCCAGUCCUGGCGCUUUGUGCCACGUGCGCUUAACCCGCUGUGCUACCGCCUGACUCCCAAAUAAAUAUUUUUUAAAAUAAGAAGAAAGAGAGGCACCUACAGCCCUGCUCCACCGCUCAUGAAAAUUUACUCCUGCAGGUGGGGACCGGGGGGUCUUGAACCCGGGUCCUUGCAUGUGAUGAUGUACACUUUACUGGGUGUGUCAGUGUCUAUCCCCCAGAGUUCCCCUCUCUUCUCAGACCAGACUCCUACUUACUGCCGGGCAGGGGCAGUCAGUGGGACCUCUGUCAUCACCAUCUCUGCACUCAUUAUUUUUAUGAUGGGUACAGAAAGAGACAAGAGACUAGAGCCCCACUGAGCCCUGGCUGCUGGUGGUGCUGGGGAUGGAACCUGAGGCCUCAGAGCCUC